AUGAGUAAUACAAGUCAAAUUGAAAAUAAAAUAGAAGAAACCGAAAACUACAAUGACGAACUCGAGUAUCAGCUUUGUGAUUACGAAGAUGUUGUUGCUCAAACCAAUUAUCUUAGAUCCGAGCUCACAAAAGGUCAAGCAAUGUUGAAUUCCAUUAAAUUCGAAAAAUCAAACAUAUUAAACGAGUUAUUAUGUGAAACCAAAGAAUUAAAUUGUAAAUAUAAUAUGCAAGAAGGACAUUUGAUAGAUAUUCAAGAAGAAAGUAAUUCUUUGCAAUGCGAAAACGAACAAAUACUUAAUAAACUAGAUGACUAUCAGACGAAGUUAGAGAAGUUGAAUUGUAUUAGUUCAACACUUUUGGAGGAUAAGCAAAUACUAGAAAAGAAACUUUCAGAAGCUAUGGAAAUCACAAACAAGUUACAAGAUAAGCAGCAAUUAUUGCAAUCGGAAGUGCAAGAUAUGGAACAGGACAUUAUAUGCAUGCAAAAAGCUCUAACCGAAAAAAUAACACAGAUCACUGAAAUGGAGAAAAAAAAUAAUACUGAGCAAGACCGCUAUGAGUGUUUACAGUCUUCAAUAUGUGAAUUAAAAAUGAAAAGUGAAAACAUUUCCAAGACAUUGCAGGCCGAGAUGACUGAAAUUCGAUGUAAAUUUAAUGAAAAAUCGAACGAGUUAUGUAUGCUCAAACUAAAAUUAAAUGAUAAGCAAACUGAACUAUUGGAGCAAAAAAAUCGAGCGAUACAAUUAAAGGAAGAACUUAACUGUUUUCAAGUGGAACAUUGUAAAGAAAAAUGUAAAAUAGACAAGGAAAUUGAAAAACUUAAAGUCGAGGUUAAGUCAACUGCCUCAAAUCUCAAAUGUAUUAAUUCAAAACUUUGUGAUGCACAAAUGGAGACUACAAAGCUCAAUUGCCAAUUAAAAGAUCAUAAUGAGUCAAUUAAGCAAUUAGAACCAGUGAAAGAAAAGUUACAACAAGAAGUGAAAAAGAUCAAAGAGGCUACAGAGUCAACAGUAGAGAUGAUAAAGACACAGCUAGAAAAAUAUGAUAAAGAUAAACAAAAUUUCGAGAGGAAAUUAGAAUCAAAACAUCAAGAACAGUGUGAGCUUAAGAAAUUAGGUAAACAUCAAACAGAACAACUAACAAAAUUAAAGAAAAAAUUAUCAGAUGUUAAGUGUAAUAUGGCUGCGAAAUGUGUACCAAAUUGCACUUAA